UUGAGCUUCAUCACUCCCACUUCCACCUUUCUUUCACAUCGUCCAUAUUCUUAAGAAAAAUAUGAAGCUUGUCGUUGCAACCCUGCUCCUUGUUUCUCUGAUCCUCCUUGGCUCCUCCCCCCUCACCACUGCCGAUUACGGCCGACCGACUGCCCCACCACCCGCUAGCCCUCCAACGUUCUGCGACUCGAAAUGCAGUGCAAGGUGCGCGAAAGCGGGAGUGAUGGACCGGUGCCUAAAGUACUGCGGGCUAUGCUGCAAGCAGUGCGGGUGCGUGCCGUCGGGAACGUAUGGUAACAAAUCAGAGUGCCCCUGCUACGGGAACAUGAAGAACAGCAAGGGCACGUCCAAGUGCCCUUAGAGACCCUUGAUGGGACGUAUUAUAUGAAUCGUAUUCAUCUCCUCUUCAUACUCUCUCUCUCCAUAAAUAUUUGGUGUGUGUUAUUAUUAGAGCAUAUGUUCUCGUAUGUAGUUCGAAGUACGUCUAAGUUAUAUAUUCAUGUGUUCCUCUCUCAAGAAUUAGAGAAUGUACACCCAAGAUGUGGUAAUAAAGGAUGACUUUAAAUUUUCAUUUUCUUUG